UGCAUAUAUCUCCACCCCUCUUAAUCUGUUCGGUUUUUUGAAAUAAUCAAAAGGGUUUUUUGUUUUCUCAUUAUAAUCUGUGGCCAUGAUGAGUUCUUCUGGUUCUGGUUUGUUAUUGAAUGAAUCCAAUGAUUAUGAGGACGACGAAGUUGCAGAAAAAUCCUUCUGUGGUCGUUAUGUGAGGUACAAUGAAGUAUUGGACAGAGGACCACGAAACACUGUCUAUAUAGGCUUUGAUUUAGUUGAUGGAAUGGAGGUCACUUGGAACAAAGUCACUGUUGAUGAUUCGUUUCAAUCCGAGGAACACAUGCACAGAUUGAAUACGUUGCUGAAGCCAUUGAAGCACAAUAACAUCAUCAAGUCAUGCAGCUAUUGGGUGGAUCAUCAAACCAAAACCAUCAACAUGAUUUCUGAGUCAUUCACUUCUGGGAGUUUGAGGCAGUUCCACCAGAAACACAGGAAUGUCGACAUCAUCGCCAUAAAAAACUGGGCUCGACAGAUUCUUCAAGGUUUGUGCUAUCUCCAUACUCGUGAUCCGCCUAUUGUUCAUGGAGAUUUGACCUGUCAAAAUAUUUUUGUCAAUGGAAACACUGGACAAGUUAAAAUUGGGUAUAUAGGGUUACCAACUAUAAUGUUGCAACCCCCAGAGCUCCAUGAGAAACAAAUAGAAUAUAGCCCUGCUGUUGAUGUACAUUCAUUUGGAUUGUGUAUGCUCGAAUUGGUUACUUCUGAAUAUCCAUACAGUUAUAGUGAUGGCAAAACUCAAGCACUGCUUGCCAAAGUGAAGGACACACAAGUUAAGCAGUUCAUAGGCAAAUGCCUUCUUUCAGCAUCCACAAUGGAACUCUUGAAAGACCCAUUCUUUGAAAUACCUGCUUUUACAACGUUCGUCAAUGACACUCCUGAUCUGGUUUCUGUUCUGGAAUUUAAGAUAUCCAACGAGAAAAGUGAAUUCAGAUUGAGAGGGGAAAGAGCAGAUGGAAACUCCAUUUCAUUAAUGUUGCGCAUUGCUGAUAAGUGUAGUGGUCGGGCGACAAAAAUUGAGUUUGUGUUUAAUCUUGAUGCGGAUACGACUCUCUCAAUAGCUUGGGAGAUGGUGGAACAGCUUGAACUGCCGAAAGAGGAUGUGAGUUUGAUCGCGGAGUUAAUGGAUAACGUGAUCAUGAAAAUGGUGCCUUGCUGGAUGCCUUCCUCUGUUAGGUUUAGUGGUGUGAAAUUUUCAUAUGGGGAUCCAAUCCUUGUUUCUUGAUUCAAUCUAUUCAAGCAAAGUAAGUUUUGAGAAUGAAUACUGAAUGAUGUAAUUAAUACAUUGCUAUCUCUGAUUAAUACAUUGAAAUUAAAUGAUCAUUUCAGGAGCUUUCACAUUAACUCUUUGCUUACUAUAUUGGCAUCCUGUUUUUGCAAUUUCAUGAAUAUUCACCAGCCAAAAACAAAUAGCAUUAGACAUAACUAAUUUUAAAACAGCAUUUACAUUCCAUACUUCAUUGCAGUUUUUCUGUUAAUUUCUCUUGCUUGCAUGUAUAAUAGACUAAGGCGAAUUGAUAAUGUGUAAUAAAUUGUUUUAUUGAGAGAAUAUGAAUGCCCAAAUCAAU